CUUGCAGAUUCGACCCGUGCUCUUCCCCAAAUCCGCGGGAGACAGGGCGUACCCAUGGCUGACCAUGGCUGCUUGGCUUCCUGCUGCUGCGCCGCUCUUGUCUUCCUGCCUGUUCCUUUCAGGCCAAGGCAGCUGCAAGGAGUUUCUCACCGAGGGUUACACGCUUCCAGGGCAGCUGACGGUUGCCUUCCAGCUUUGCCCUGGCUCAGAAGUCUUGCAGGCAGACAACGGUUUCCCCGUGCCUUUGCGGCUGCAGCUGUCCCACGACGGCAACUUCUUUGCCCCGGUGGCGACGCUGCGGCCCGGGAAGCAGCGGCUUCGCUUCACGGCAAACUUCGUGCUGGUGCACUGGACUGCAAGGCCUAAGGACCCUCCCAGGCCUCAUGGAGUACUUCAGCUUUUCGGUCGAUGCGGAGGUGAGAACAACCUGACCCAGGUGCGAGGUCCGUGGCUUGUGCCGCGGGUUACCCAUCGGCCAGAGAACUGCUUCGAGAACGUCUUGGCGGAGCACUGCUGCCACCCUUUGCGAUUGCAAUGUUGGGGCUACAACGCCUUGCUGGCGAUGGCAUGCUGCGCGGUGCCGGUGGAGACACCUUCCUUCGCUUGUUUGGUGUCCAACCCCGUGUUUCCCAACCAGAACCAGGACUGCCGGGGCAGACCCCUCAACUUCUUCCGGCACUUUCAGGAUGGCAAUGAGCUACGCUUCGUGGUGGGGGGCCGCCUGUGGCAACACUUGCCCCAGGAGAUCAAUGCCUCGCUGGGGGUGGGCUGCCUCUUCCAAAGCAUCCUCUAUCUCUUUCACGAGCUGCACCACUUGAGCCGCGAUGCAGAUUGGUUGGCAGCUGUUCCGCCUCAACGGCUGUACUCCUACGUCUCGAUUUUUCAGGAGCUUGUGACCCAUUGCGACCUUCCAGACCAAAGUUUCUUCGAAUUGUCCAGCCUGUUGCCAGAUCAGAUGAUGUAUUUGGUUUGGCUUUCCACUGGCAGGCGAUUCGAUUGGCUCUUGGGCUCUAUGCUGCUGAAUUCCAAGCCGCUGGUGAUUGAUGUUGGGACGGCUGGCGGGCUGGACAGCGCCUUGUACCUGGCUUUGGGCGCACGGGUGAUCUCGGUGGAGGCCAACCCGCUGGCAGCCGAUUGCGCAAGGAGCCGCUUGCGGCAGCACUUGCGAAGUGGCCGCCUUGACUUGGUCAACGCGAAGAUUAGCGCAGGCCAAGGCUCCGAGCCUUUCGUGGCCGUCGCCCACGCGCUGGACUUCGAGCGGGCGGGGGAGUCCACACUGCCUCGCUAUGAGGCAGACCGGUAUGAUAGCCGCGUGCACCUCAAGACCACAAGCUGCGCAGAUCUCAUCGCAGAGAAUGGGGUUCCUGCGUAUAUGAAAAUCGACGUGGAGGACGCCACCAAGAUUUGCCUAGACUCACUGGGGCGCUUGCCCCCAUCAUUGCGGCCAGACAUCAUCUCCGCUGAGAUGGAGGAUGAAACUAUUCUUCAGCGCUUGCUGGCUCUGGGAUAUCAGAGCUUCAAGAUUGUGCGGCAAUCUCCCCAUGGAUUCGUGCGCAGCAGCGCUGCAAGCUGCGAGCUGCACGGGGCCAAGCAACUCAAGGAAAGCGCCACGGGGCUUUUCGGGGAGAAGGCGACAGAUCUGCUGGGAGGUGCUCAGUGGAGCUCAUUCGAUGAGGCUCUCGACGUGUACAGCCAUGCCGUGAAGCCCGCUGUGAGACAGGCUGUUGCUGCUUGGUUUCCCUCUGCAAGCUCAGAGUGGUUCGAUGUGCACGCAAGCAAGGCGGCCAACAAAAAGGGGCGCACGUUGCUGAUGCCAAUGUCUUUCCGCAAGCAAAAGGCUGACUGCUACAACGCAAGGACAGAGCAGCAUGUUCGGAAAAGGGCAUAA